AAAAAAUCAGCAAUUUAUAGAAAGAAGAAGCUAUAGUCUGUCGGGAUAUCCAACACCAACAGGCUUAUUGAGAGCUCCGUUUCUGGAAAGCGUUGCAAGACCGAAGAAUAUCAGCAGCCUGCGAAUCUCCGGGAACCCUCGCCUUGCAGCACAGAAGCAAUCUCUCUCCCCAUCUUCGCAUAUUCUGAUGGCAAAUCAAAUGGAAGAAAAAAGGAAGCAUGACUGCAGAUCGAAUCAGUUCUCUUUGUGGAUUACACUUUCAAUAAAAUGUAUGGAUCUAUCUUUUCCUUGUUCCUAUAUCUAGAUCAUGAGACUUGACUGAGGCUGUAUCCUUAUCCUCCAUCCAUCUAUGGCGAACUAUAGCCAUGCAGCUGACAACAUUUUGCAAAAUCUCUCGCCUCUAACAGCCUUUCUGAAACUGACUUCCUUGGGUUUCAUAAUAGGAGUCAGCGUGGUGGGCAACCUUCUGAUCUCCAUUUUGCUAGUGAAAGAUAAGACCUUGCAUAGAGCACCUUACUACUUCCUGCUGGAUCUUUGUUGUUCAGAUAUCCUGAGAUCUGCAAUUUGUUUUCCAUUCGUAUUCAACUCUGUCAAAAAUGGCUCUACCUGGACUUACGGGACUCUGACUUGCAAAGUGAUUGCCUUUCUGGGGGUUUUGUCCUGUUUCCACACUGCUUUCAUGCUCUUCUGCAUCAGUGUCACCAGAUACCUAGCUAUCGCCCAUCACCGCUUCUAUACAAAGAGGCUGACCUUUUGGACGUGUCUGGCUGUGAUCUGCAUGGUGUGGACUCUGUCUGUGGCCAUGGCGUUCCCCCCAGUUUUAGAUGUGGGCACUUAUUCAUUCAUUAGGGAGGAAGAUCAGUGCACUUUCCAACACCGCUCCUUCAGGGCUAAUGAUUCCUUAGGAUUUAUGCUGCUCCUUGCUCUCAUCCUCCUAGCCACACAGCUUGUCUACCUCAAGCUGAUAUUUUUUGUCCACGAUCGAAGGAAAAUGAAGCCAGUCCAGUUUGUAGCAGCAGUCAGCCAGAACUGGACUUUUCAUGGCCCUGGAGCCAGUGGCCAGGCAGCUGCCAAUUGGCUAGCAGGAUUUGGAAGGGGUCCCACACCACCCACCUUGCUGGGCAUCCGGCAAAAUGCAAACACCACAGGCAGAAGAAGGCUAUUGGUCUUAGACGAGUUCAAAAUGGAGAAAAGGAUCAGCAGAAUGUUCUAUAUAAUGACUUUUCUCUUCCUAACCUUGUGGGGCCCCUACCUGGUGGCCUGUUACUGGAGAGUUUUUGCAAGAGGCCCUGUAGUACCAGGAGGAUUUCUAACGGCCGCUGUCUGGAUGAGUUUUGCCCAAGCAGGAAUCAAUCCUUUUGUCUGCAUUUUCUCCAACAGGGAGCUGAGGCGCUGUUUCAGUACAACCCUUCUGUACUGCAGAAAAUCCAGGUUACCAAGGGAACCUUACUGUGUUAUAUGAGGGAGCAUCUGUAAAUCUUUAGCCUUGUGAAACACUAACCUUCUCUGCUAAGCAAUUGUGGCCUGUAGCCAUAUCUGGAGAAGAAAUUCAAGAAUGGGAUCAGCAGUUAUAAGGAUUUGGGCAACAUUCUGCAGUCUUUGCAAUAGUUCACCUAUAAUCCAGUUUUAAAUCUCAGAGUGAUCCUGCUGACUGCUGGUGAAGGUUUGUAAUUAAGAAAGGACUGAACCACUGCCCUAAGUUUCCUUCUGUGGUUGAAAACUAGAUAAUGAAAGUAGCAGGUGCUAAGUAUCAGUGCUAAAUGCUGUGUAUAUCAUUACAUAUGAAAAACAACAUCAAAAAACGAAUUAGCAUUGGACAUCUUAAUAAAUUAAGUUGACAUGAGGUAAAUGUGUUGAUGAAAACUAAUUUUAGAAGUUUAAAGACUUUAAAACAUUUCAUACUAUUUUUGUUUUUCAAAGACUAAACUACUUGGGGACUUAAAGUACUGUAAUUCACUAAAGACGUGCCAUGAAUUACUGGGAUAUCACAUUUUAAAAAACGCCUUGUAAGUUUGGGGGGGGGAGCAUUCCAAAGCAGUAUAUUGGUUCCAAUUAGAGUUUACCUUUUUUGUAUGAAUACAUUGCUAUUUCUAACUACCACUUUCCUUACCUACUAGUGAAAUUGCUAGCAUUGAACUGUAUUAUGUGGUUUUGUUGAUUUAGUA